UUCCGAUUCGAAGUGACAUUUUCCGGAGAUGACGUUUACAAACGAGGGGGAGCAGUGUGUGUGUGUAUGUAUGUAUGUAUGUGUGCAAACUGAGCGGAGGUGAAGAAGAGGAGGAUGAAGCUGGGAGCUGAGGAUGGGAGGAAGAGUGGAGUAAGAGACAGGCUAGCUAUCAAGGGCUGUGUAUGCAUGCCUGCCUGCAAGUGUGAAUGCGUGAGUGAGUGUGGAAGAGGGAGGUCGUUAUCGGACUGAAACAAAAGACGCAUUUUGGAACCCCGAAACAUUGCAACGGAAACUUUAAACUUUUACCCGCCAGAGCUUGGCUACUGUGCCGGGUCCCGGCUUUGUUUCGCGGCGGGUGAGGUCUCUAAUAAAUGCAGGGAUAAAAUAGCUCCAGAUCGACAUUUUUAACGCAGGCGGGGAAUCCCUUUGGACAGUGUUUUGUUGGGGGUAACGAGAGAAUGGCGGCCAACAUGUACCGAGUGGGAGAUUACGUGUACUUUGAGAAUUCCUCCAGCAACCCCUACCUAAUCCGCAGAAUAGAAGAGCUCAACAAGACGGCCAAUGGGAACGUGGAAGCCAAGGUGGUGUGUCUGUUCCGGAGGCGGGACAUCUCUGGCAACCUCAACACUCUGGCCGACAGCAACGCGAGAGACUUUGAGGAGGAGUCCAAGCAGCCCACUGUGUCUGAACAGCAGAAACACCAGCUGAAGCACCGAGAGCUUUUCCUCUCUCGGCAGUUUGAGUCUCUACCUGCAACUCACAUACGAGGGAAAUGUAACGUCACCCUCCUCAACGAAACGGACGUCCUCGCCGGGUACCUGGAGAAAGAGGAGUGUUUCUUUUACUCGCUGGUGUUUGACCCGGUUCAGAAGACCCUCCUGGCGGACCAGGGAGAGAUCCGCGUAGGCUCCAAGUACCAGGCCGAGAUCCCCGACAAGCUCGCCGAAGGUGAAACACACACCCGUAUCCAGGAAAAGCUGGAGACCAAGGUCUGGGACCCUGACAACCAGCUCAAAGACCCCCAGAUUGACCAGUUCCUGGUGGUGGCUCGUGCUGUGGGGACGUUUGCCAGAGCCCUGGACUGCAGUAGCUCCAUCCGUCAACCCAGCCUGCAUAUGAGUGCUGCAGCAGCCUCUAGAGACAUCACACUGUUCCAUGCCAUGGACACCCUGCAGAAGAACGGUUACGACCUAGCCAAGGCCAUGUCCACGCUGGUCCCACAGGGCGGGCCGGUCCUCUGCCGUGACGAGAUGGAGGAGUGGAGUGCCUCGGAGGCCAUGCUGUUUGAGGAGGCCCUGGAGAAGUACGGCAAGGACUUUAACGACAUCCGCCAGGACUUUUUACCAUGGAAGUCACUAGCCAGUGUGGUCCAGUUCUACUACAUGUGGAAGACUACUGACCGCUACAUCCAACAGAAACGACUAAAGGCAGCAGAAGCAGACAGCAAGCUGAAGCAGGUGUACAUCCCCACCUACACCAAACCCAACCCCAACCAGAUCAUGGCUCCUGGUAACAAGCCUGGCAUGAACGGGGCCGCUGGCUUCCAGAAAGGACUGAGCUGCGAGAGCUGCCAUACUGCCCAGUCAGCACAGUGGUACGCAUGGGGUCCUCCCAACAUGCAGUGCAGACUGUGUGCCUCCUGUUGGAUCUACUGGAAGAAGUAUGGAGGCCUGAAGACCCCCACACAGUUAGAGGGCGCUGCAAGAUCUGUCUCGGAGUCCACUCCGCGCGGUCACAUGACCCGCCAGGAGGUGCAAGGCCUGUCCCCGUUCACGACGAGCGGGGGGCGCGCCAAGCUGCUGGCCAAGAACCGGCAGACAUUCAUCCUGCAGACCACCAAGCUGACUCGUAUUGCCCGCCGCGUCUGCACUGACAUCCUGCAGCCCCGCCGCGCGGCACGCCGCCCCUACGCCUCCAUCAAUGCAAACGCCGUCAAGGCAGAGUGUAUGAUAAGGUUGCCUAAAGCAACCAAGGCCCCUAUAAAGAACCGCUCUAUCCCUCGACCACCGCUGGCCACUAUAGUGAAGGAACUGGCCAUCCAGGCUCCACUCAAGCUGAAGGCCCCCAGAGGCGCUCCCACACCCAUCAACCGCAACCAGGCCAACCAGCCCCGCGGGGGAUCAGGCCUGCUCGGGAAGAGGCCCUUUGACAGUAGCUCACAGGCGGCAGGGCUGCCGUUCCCCACCAAUGGGAGGCCGUUCACAUCGGGCAUGAGGACCACCUCGCAGUCAGUGAUCAAGCGUCAGAAAGUGAACCAGGGAGACGCACCCAACCCCGUGGUGUUUGUGGCCACGAAAGACACCAGGGCUCUGAGAAAACACCUGACUCAGUCUGAGAUGCGGCGGGCAGCCAGAAAACCUCACCUCCCGGUCAGGGUCAAGCUGCCCCUAGGUCCCCGGACCCUGGUUCUGCCCACUCUGCCAUCCAGCACAAGCGAGCCCAUCGUCCUGGAGGACUAAGGGGGGGGGCGGGGGCUGAGACCCACUGCGACACGGGGGGCGCACCACCCUGCACGCCCACCUGCUAGUGCAACAGCGCAACGCCAUACCAGUCCAGUAGUUGUUUUCUGUUGUCAUAUUUUUUUUGUUCUGUUACCUCCCAAAAGCUGACGUGCUGCUCACCACACACACACACUCACACACUUUAGUGACACCCACAUGCAUACUUUGCAUUGAGCUCACACAUACACAUGCCAACAUUACUUCUCUACACACACUUACACCCACAUACACACGCUAGGCUUUGGGCUUUGUAGUAUUUUAUUCUGGCUCUUUUUGCUUAAUUAUUUUGCUCCCCUUUUUUAAUGGCAAAUAUUUUUAACUAUGUAAUUUAAACUCUGAAAUAUUUCUCAUCCUGAAAUAAUGGUGUUAAAACACUUUAUUUUUUCCUCCAGGUCUUAUUUGUGUAAAUAUUUGCAGCUUUUUGAGGGGGUGACACCAAUUUGGUUGGGGAUGUGGGAAGUCCAUAGAAAGAAAUGGAAAUACUAGAAGGGACAAAGUCUCUCAGACCACAGCAAUUUGACUGAAUGUCCAUUCUAGUUAUUCUAUUUCUAUUGGGAAGGCUAAAUGGGAUAGGAGUUUAUAGCAUGUUUAUUUAGAUUAUUUUUCCAGGAAAGUCUAUUUAGAUGUUAAUGAAACCAUGUUCCUUCAUAGGUCUGGGAGGUUGAGGUGAAGUACUUUGUAUGACUCAUCAUUCAAGCAUACUCGUCAAAUAAUCAUAUUCUACUUUUGGACACUCAUUCUGUCCGACUUUAAUUUGCACUAUCACCCUGCCCCCUUUCCACACACCCAAAUAACAACUGACCCCCCCCCCCCUCUAUCUCUCCACAAGCCUAUCAGAAGUUACGUUUGAUAGUGAGGGGGGGGGGGGAUGCUGUUGGCCCCUAGUAGUUUGAGCUCUGUUUUUCUUAUUUGUCAUCACAAUCCAUUUGAGUCCUGCCUUGUCUCCUAUCACUUGAUUGUCAUGCUUGUUACAGCCACGUUUUGGUUUUGACCUGCGAGAACAACCUCUCGAGUACAACGGUCUUGCAUCAUCAAUACAAUGGUAGGAGAGAGUAAUGGUUUAGGAAAAGGUGUAAUGUAGGUUAACAGGGUAGAAGACAUUCAUUUCAUGUUGGUUUGGAAGAUAUUCAAAAGUGUGUUCUGGAUGUGGAUUUGAUGGGUUACUGUGGUUUGAGACAUGGAAUAGAUGCCGUUGUCUUUAAGGCCCUUAUUGUGAGUAAGAUGGGUUAUUUUUAGUGAAAGACCGAAUUAAGCCAUAAACAUUCAAGGUGUGUAAAACUCCAUUCUAAGAUGGCCCCUGAGCAUGUUGCCACCUGUACGUAUAAAACAUGCAUUCAGAUCCCCCACCCAUAGGUUAAGUCACAGCAGUUAUGACAAUGGACUGUUUCGCUCUUGCUUUUGAACAGAUUAUGUUACGAGCUGGUCGUCAGAAUGUCAUUACUAAAGCAGCAAUAUGUAUUGACUUGGGUACAGAAGUCAUGUUUUUAAUGAUAUGAUGGGAGAGGAAUCUCCGGUGAUGUCUUUACUUGUGGAUUGAUUUGGUUUGAAUCUGUAUUUUACCUUUUUGUGUUUUAUGAUGAAAGGGUGCGUUAGAUUAAAUCGAUGCUUAAUUGGAUAUUAUAAUUCCUCAUGCUCCCUCAGGCAUUGGGAACUGACAGCCAGUACUGGGGUAGAAAUGAAGGAUUUAUAUGCAAGUUUGGUCCCAAUGUGGGCUUUUGUAAUGUUUCUAAAACAAAUUAAGUGUUAAAAUGCUUAGUGAAAAUACUAAUCUGAAGAAAAAAAACUUGGCCUAUUGAUAAUGUCAGUUUUUUUUUUAUAAAACCUUUUAAAAAAAGCUUGUAAUUACUUCAUAUUUUGGAGAAGGUUCAAAUACUGUACAUGUGAACAUUGCUCUCUGUCAUUGAGUGGGUUUGGGAUGGGAGACUGGGAUGGUCGGCCAUCAAACAGUUGGGAGGGAUGGAGAGGGGGUUAGAAUUUUGUAUGUUGGAGAGAUAAUUAUGCUACAAUUACAUUUUUUUCUCAAGUGUUUUUUAUUCCAAUGUGUCUGUAUCCUUUUAAUGUAUCUUGAUAAGAAAAUAAAUAAAGAUUUUUUUUUUCUUUGUGGUCAUAUACACAUUUCUCUUCCAUGCGAGUACUUUUUCUGGGCGUGUAUGAAAUGCAUCGUCCCCUAGUUGUGUGACAAAAGUAAUUCCAUUUGAAUCAUUUGUGUUUACGUCUCACAUUAAAUGUGUUCCUAUAAAUACUGUAACCCAAGCUAGACGAGUCCCCCAAACAUGAAAUGGUGUAUUUUAUUCAUUUCAAACAAGGGCAUUAUCAAUCACGAUCACACAAAGGUUUAUAUUUUCCUACAUCAGACGGCAUUUAAAAAACAAAUUACACGGGUGCGAGGUUGACCAACUAUGGUGUAAAUUGCCAGAAUAGGUGUUUGUUCUCAAUGGGCUUGCCAUUAGUAGUCAGAGAAGUAAUUGGCAAACUU